AUGCAUGCUUGUUUCAAAAAUUCCCACAACCGCCGUUUCCUUCCACUGCUCCUUUGUGUUCUCAGUGAGCAUACCUCGUGCUCGUAGAUACCUUGUUCUUUACGAAGAGGAACUUUCGACGGGCAACGAGACUACGCUUCGCAGUCGCGAAAGCCGUCUUAAUUCAGGGGUGCGUCCCCGAGACGUGACAUUAACCGGCUGAUUUCUUCUUCACUGUUGUUACCUACUUCUAGAGGCACCAUGGGGAUGCAUCGGAGACCCAGUGUCCACAAAACCAAGUCGCCGCUGCUUCGACGCAACCGCUGCUUCUACCAAAGAUAUUUUCCAGCUCCUAUAUCGCUUCUGGUAGCUGUUUACGUGAUUCUGAGCUUGAUAACGGGUCAGGCACUUUCGUCCGCUGCGCAUUUAGCGUUUUCCCGGUUCCCUGAAGCAACAUCAGUGCCUUCUCUGUUUCUAAGAGCGCCCGCUCGCAUCCCAGAGGCUGUCAGAUCCCGCCUUCCCCAGCCAAACCUUUUUGCGGUCAGAUCCCGCCUUCCCCAGCCAGACCGCUCCAUCACCUCCCAGCGCCUUCCCGCUGCUCAUCGUGAAGGCACCGAGAAGAUCCUGCUGGAAGACAGUGCUUCGAACGAAUCUCGCACUGACGGGGAUAUCGGGGGGGAGUACGGUCGUGGCGGUGAUGGGGGAGGGAGCACGGAGUGGCCGUUACUUCAAGGGGACGGGGCUCAACCUGAGGCGAGUUCGCCUUUCAACGGAGAAGGGCUGCGCGGGGAGAGGGAGAGUGAGGGUGAGGGUGAGGGGAGAAGGGAGAGUGACGAGAGUGGGGAGAGUGAGGAGGGGGGGGCGAGUGGGGCGAGUCCUCCUCCUGCCACGUGGUGCGACAGCGAGGCGUGCUUGCGCGGCGCGCUGCUGGAUCGCGCGCCGUCCAUCUACCUCACGCGCGACCUGUACCUGACCAAUGGCGAGCUGCCACCUGUCAGGCACGCGGUGGCCGUCACAGGCCUGUGCUCGUCCGAUCAGUGCACCAUCGACGGCCAGGGACAGUCCAGGAUUUUCACUGUCCGGGCAGGCGGCUAUCUCGCCCUCCAGAAUAUCGCUCUGGUUCACGGAUUCGUUUCCCGGGGGAAGUUCGGCGGGGCAGUUUUAGUUUCCGGGCUGCCCGACUCAACCUCUUCUCCAGGGCAGCCCCUGCCCGGAGCUUACCUGUCCGCUAUAAGCACGAGUUUCUUUAAUAACAGUGGAGGGAGCGGGGGGGGAGCAGUGGCUAUAGGGAGUUAUGCGGCGGGGUUUUUCGAUGGGGCCAAUUUCGCAUUCAACUCUGUUUUCACUGAUGCCGCUCGGAUGCACCGAAGCAGGGGAGGCGCUAUCUACCUGGGCCCUCAGGCCGACAGGAGCGUCACCAUUCCUCGGCAGACGAACAGCAGCAGUGGAAACUCUUCUAUACAGCUGAAGCUCGGGGCCGCGUGUUCUGGCUACCCCGCUCCCUGCGUCACUGUGCUCGAUUCGCUGUUUGUCGCCAACUCUGCUGCUGUCGGCGGCGCAGUGUUUGUGGACGGUGCUUAUGCUGCCUGCAGCAGCGCAACGACAUCUCCGCAGGUCGCCACCCCUCUUGGCUCUUCUCUUGACGUGCGCAACGUGCUGUUUGAAGCCAACACCGCCACGGUCGACGGAGGAGCCGUUGCUGUGGGCUCGCACGGUCGCCUUGGGGGCCGAGGGUCAUUCUCCACCGUCCGAUUUAACACAAACACUGCUGGUAGAGACGGAGGGGCGCUGUUCGUAGGAGGGGGGCGACCGGAGCAUGCAGGCAGCAAAGCCACACUGUAUGAUGCUGCGUUCCAUGGUAACACUGCUGGUAACACUGCUGGUAACACUGCUGGUAACACUGCUGGUAACACUGCUGGUAACACUGCUGAUAACACUGUUGGUAACACUACUGGUAACACUGCUGGUAACACUGCUGGUAACACUGCUGGUAACGGCGUUGGCAGCACAACUGCAGAGCCAGAGCAGCCUAGAGGCACUGGCAUGCACGGGAUUACCACACGAGGCACGCUGAGACAAGGUGGCCAUGACGUGGCAGUGAGACGAUGGGCAUCUGCUCACAUCCACCACUGCACCUUCCACGAAGCUUCCUCAUCGGCCAAUCGCUUGUCCUCCUCUCCUCAACCUCCCUCCACCUCCUCCUACUCCCCACCUCUUUUCUGUGUGGGCGCUUGUGCCGUCUGCCCUGAAGCCGCCACUCCAAUUGCUGCUCUAGCGAGAGGCAACGUGACUGUAUCUGAAGCUGACUGCCCAAGUGCCCCUCCAGCCUUAACUUGCUCUUUCCUUCCCGACUACCUCAAGCCAGCCACCCAGCCCUCAGCAGCAGCAGCAGCAGCAGCAGCAGAAGCGGCAGCAGCAGCACAACCGCCACUGCAAGAGCAGAAGCAUAGGGAACCCCAGCAGCUUCCCCGCCUCCCCAGGAAUCUGCAGCAUCUGCCCCUGACUUCCACAGCUCAUCCUCUCUCCACCAUCACAACCGUCCUUUCUCCUGCGGAUGGCUCUGCUGCUGCUUCUACUGCCACCUCUGCUGCCUCUGCUGAUGCAUCUGCUGCUGCCCUCCCUGCCACUGCUGCUCCUGCCACUACCUCUUCUCCCUCCCAAACUCCUGACUCACAAGCAUCAGCCCCCUUCCCUGUUACUGCACCAUCACCGUCCCCAGCUGCCCCCUUCCCUGUUACUGCACCAUCACUGUCCCCAGCAGCUGCUACACCUACUGCCACCCCUACCCGCACCUUCACCACCCUUGCCCCUAUCCCUCCUACCCCAUUCCCCACCGCCACUCCCUCUGCCUGUGUCUGCCCCCAGGUAGAAGUGCCACCUCUCUCCUCCUCUCCUGCCUCCUCUCCUGCCCCCUCUGACCUGCCUCCUCCCUGCAUUCAUCAGCCCCUAGAGAAGCACACCCAGGAGCCACAACCACCAAGCUGUAACGGCACAAUGCAGGGGGCUGUUAUGGGAGACCCGCACUUUGUGGGGCGGCAUGGGGAGCGAUUCGACUUUCACGGCGUGCCUGGGGAGAGCUACUGCUUGAUAUCGGACUCCAAUAUUCAUGUUAACAUGCGCCUCUUUGCUGGGCCACAUAACGGCACAACGUACAUGGAUGAGAUUGGCUUCCUGUAUCAGCAUAAAGAGGCACACAAUAGUGAGGAUGAAUUGGUGGAGGUGGUGGUGGCUGCACAAUCCCUGCCCGGGGCAAGGAUUGCUGAUUUCCAAGGCGGCCUUUUUAUCAAUGGAGCAGAGUUGCCUAAUGCCGACCUCACUGUCUCCAUGAGCAAUAAGAUGCUCAGAGUGGAUCGUACUGCAAAGGCAGUCCGGAUUCGUGUAACAAAAAACAUGGACCUGUUUGUGGACAUCAUACCCGCCACAUUCAACCAUAGCCGUUGGAUGCUCCAUAAUUAUCUCAAUGUGAGGAUAGGAAGCUACAAAGAGUCAACACCCGUUCAUGGAUUGCUAGGGCAGACUUUCCAAGGCACCUAUGAACGGCUUGCUAAGGUGAGCAGAUUGAUCAGCAAGAAGGGCACUGACAGAGAGUUCACAAUAAUUGAUGGAAAGGAAGAAGAUUACAAGUCUUCAGGGCUACUGGAAACGGACUGCAAAUUCAGCCGGUUCAAGAUGUCGUGAGCAUUGUUGAUGUGGUAAAUAACAUUUCCAUGUGAUGGAUGUGUAUAUGUUAUAUAUAGAAGGUGACA